AGAACAACUGUCAAUCACCGGAAGAUAGGAGACCUCUUAUCCUUCCACUCAACCACUACAUUGAACUUUUUCUGACAUUCGCCCCAUCCGGCACUCUUUUCCUUAUCUCUUUUCCUACCUCUUUCUACGACGACACCACCAAGAUGGGUAUGACAUUCUCAAAGCUGUUUGACAGCAUAUGGCGGAAGAAGGAGAUGAGAAUUUUGAUGGUCGGUCUUGAUGCCGCCGGAAAAACCACCAUCUUGUAUAAACUGAAACUCGGUGAAAUCGUCACGACUAUUCCCACAAUUGGAUUCAACGUCGAAACCGUCGAAUAUAAGAACAUUCAAUUCACCGUGUGGGACGUUGGUGGUCAAGACAAGAUCAGACCCCUUUGGAGACACUAUUUCCAGAACACACAGGGCAUCAUUUUCGUCGUUGACAGCAACGAUCGUGACCGUGUUGUCGAGGCUAGAGAAGAACUCCAGCGCAUGCUUAAUGAAGAUGAACUCCGCGAUGCCCUCCUCCUUGUCUUUGCCAACAAGCAAGAUCUUCCCAAUGCGAUGAGCCCCGCUGAGAUCACCCAGCAGCUCGGCCUCCAAAGCUUGACACGACGUGCCUGGUACAUCCAAUCCACCUGCGCUACAACCGGUGAUGGUCUUUAUGAGGGUCUCGAAUGGUUGGCCAACGCCUUGAAGAAGUCCGGACAUGACUAAAUGCUCUCCAAUGAUUGAUGUGUAAUGCCAACAAUUGGGAUUACGUGUUGCGUCGGUGCGGAAAUGUGGGCUUGGCGGUACACGUUUUGAUAGGGUCCUUUGUUUCUCAAACCUGGCGUCAUCUCUCUUACUUUCCGCCUAGUAUGAUUGUCGUGCUUUUACCUCUUUAUAUUUUGUCUCCUUUUUAUAACCUUACUCGUUGUCAAUUGAAGCCCUGCUUUAUUUAUAUACACAUCGGGGUGUCUUUGUGUCAACGAAGGGUGCGUCGUCUUUGGCCUGUCAUAUGUGUGCUCAAGCCUCGUACAAAGCUGCCCCGUCAAACUCACUACAACCCUACCAGAGCUUUGGCUGUCUAGUAUUCCUCUCCACACCUUAUACUCUUUUUAGAAGUGUCAUAAUUACGGGGAAGAAGUCGCAAAAUAAUUGUACAAAGCACUUGCCGGCGUUA